UUAUGAUUGCUUACACUUUUUCUCACUGAUGAUACUCUCAAUCAAAUUACAGUACCCUUGUCUAUGGACUAUAGAUAUGGCUCUUUACCAUUCUAAAUUGUCUAUGAUCUGAAUUACAAUUUCCAAAAUGCGACUCUUUCUGUUUGAUCAAACACUGUUACUGAGUCAAGUCACAUUUUUCACGUUAAAAAAGAGAAAUGCGGGAAAAAGCGCGUUCUUUUUCUGUUCUUUCUUUUACAAACAGUGCCCUCUUUCCCCUUCAAAUCAAUAUCACAAACAACUUUUCCCUUUCUUUAAAGUCUUCGUCAUGCCUCCCAAAAUACAGCAACAAAGCUCACUGCUUUCUUUCUUUGGAAAAAAAGCUCCAACGACAGGUUCUUCUAAAAGUAGUAGUAAUGAUAACAAUAGUAAUGAUAGCAAUUCGGGCCCCAAGAAUAGAAAGAAGGAGGAACUUGCAGUCGCAGACAAUCACAAAACGGAUACUGUCGAAAAAAUGGAUAUUGAUGAUGAAAACUCGGAAGAUGAUAUGCCAAUGUCAACGAAGAGUGUAAGACGAGUCAUACCACCAGUUGGGUGCAGGGCCAUAUUACUAAUUUUUAUCCGCACCUUUUCAAUAAUAGGGACGCAGCCGUAAACGUAUCAAUUACAAAGAAUCUGACGAUGAAGCUGAUAACGAUAACAGAGGAAGAAAAGAGAUCAACCCUUUCGCAGCUGAU